GGGAUUGUGUACAACGUGACGUUGGACAAGCUACUGCUGACAAACUGGACCAUGCGGCCAAUCCCACUCACCAAUGCUAGCUGGCUCACAGAUUACGACAAGAUGCAAUCAAUCCGAAAGAAGAUCCCCCUGAAAGGCGUCGUCAGUUCGUCCUUCGAGGUGCGCGUAUUUGCUGCCGAGUUCGAGGUUCCUUACGCCGAGCCGUGCGACACGUUUCUGAGACCUGACCAGAAGACGAAGGGCAUCGCGUUUCUGAACGGUUUCAACCUGGGUCGCUACUGGCCGGCGAGGGGACCCCAGAAGACUCUGUACGUGCCACGCACGCUGUUCAGGAAGAAGAACGUGCUGGUACUUAUCGAGCUCGAAGGGGGUUUCCACAGGGGUGGCAGAGCCCCCGUCGUUCACUUCGAAGACGAACCAGAGCUCCUCGGGACGGUACACAAGAUUGACGAAUAA